AUGUUGGUAGUCAAGCAUCCCGCUUAUUUUAAUGAUGAUAGAAUUUAUCAUAAUAGACAGGAAACCGUUAAACUAUAUGAUGAAGCCGUUUAUCCUCAAAAUAAUAAUAUGCAAAAUUAUGAUCUUCGUUUGAUUAUAGUUCGACAUGCCGAACGUAUUGAUGUAGACCUUGGUGAGAACUGGUAUGAUCAAAUAUUUGGUGGUGUUUCAUCAGCAUCACCGCAAAAUUAUCGACAUCCAUUAUUACCAAGUCGAUUGCCACAUCGUUCAAAUACUUUACUUUAUGUAUUUGAUCCACCAAUAACACGAAUAGGUGAACAAAAGUCCUUUUAUAAAGGACAACAAUUAUCUAGAGCUGGUGCUUCUGUUGAUUACUGUUAUUCAUCACCUGCUUGUCGUAGUGUAAUUACAGCAAAUGCUAUUUUACAUGGUAUGAAUCGAAGUAAUGUACCUAUUCGUCUUGAAACAUAUCUAUUUGAACCACUCGCUUGGAAUAAACCAUUCCAAGAACUUAAUAUGAUACCACCAUUUAUGUCAACUGGUGAAUGGAAAAAAGCAGGUUAUAAUGUAGAUCGACGUUAUCAAUCAAUUAAUCGUGCUAUAAAUCUAUAUGAAACUGAAGAAGAUUUUUGGUUAAGAAGUAAAGAAUUUUUUGAUAAAAUUCAACAACGUCAUGGUCAUACGACACGAAAAUUUGGCUUUGGACGUGGAUCUAACCGACGUUCGAAUAUACUUAUUGUUGGCCAUGCAGCAUCACCACUAAUUUUUCCUAGUAUUGCUUUCGAGGAACCAUUCGAUCCUUAUUUAUUCGGACAACAAUGUGGUCAAAUACCAUAUUUGCAUACAGUUGUUCUUGAGCGUAAUGCAAAAACUCAUAUAUGGAAAGCGCGACCUAUUAAAUCUUUUGCUUAA